AAGUGUCGUUGUUCGACAAAUCUUGUGGCUUGCGUGUCCGCUUUCGCCUAUGCUUGUUCUCUUCAGCUCUCCUACUCCUUUUCACCCUCUCUCUGCUGACUCUUUCCUCUUGCUUCCCUUUCUCUCUGCCAUUGGGUCUGCAUACUCUCUUUUCGAUGGCCAAGCAAGCAGGUACGCACACAUAGACGUACCGAAGAUCGGUAGUGAAUUGGUGAAUGCACGCAUCGGGCUCUCCUUGCCGACGUUCGUUCUUUCUCAGUGCGUGCCUUACGCGGAUACCGUAAAGUAUAUAUUACUUGUUUCGUAUCAUCUACGUGGCGUAUUACAGCAAAUACUUGGUUUAAAGUUUAAACAUUCAAAUGAAAAAUACAAAAGUGCAAGAAGAAGGAAAUAAAUAGUGGCGUUCAAAAUUACAGAAAUCAACGGCAAAUGUUUUGCUGUGGUUACUGUUGGCUGCAACCGUACUAUCGAAAUCACGCGAGUGUGCACAGUUUGAUUUUUCGAGUGACGACGUGACCAGUACCAAGAAUAACGGAGCAAGUAAAUGCGAAAUGGAUCUCAGAUUAUUUUGAGAGAAUCGCACACAGUCGGUGACAAGAGUGAUUUUUUAUUCGCAUACAAAAACGAAUAAGCUGUCGUUUAGACCUCCAAAAAUAAGUAUAUAUAAUCAAAAUAAAUUUGAAGAUCGACAAAUUAUAAAUACUCAUUUCGAAAGACUGGCCAAUACGAAUCUUGAUUUGUGACUGUAAUAAGUAGUUAUUUGCAAAUUUAAAGUUACAGAUAGGAACACAUUCGAGUUUAUUUUUGCAAAUCUAUAAAUCUGUUAAAAAUAACUACGGAACAGAGGCGAGUUAACGUUUUUUUUUUUGUAAUUGAACAGGCGCGCUUUGAGCUAAGCAAGCCUGUAAUAUUUUUAGAUGGCGUUAUGCUCGUUCUCGAUCGGUUCACGAAUUCCAGGGAGUUGCUGCAUCUUAAAGAACGUCGAUCGGUUCCAGUUGUUUGAACCGUAUACAUGAACUUUUACGCUGUAAAAUGGCGUAGACGAAUACACAAGAAACGUGAUCACGAGAUAUAUGCAGUUCUCGUAUUUUGCCAUGAGCGAAGCAAGCUUUGCGUUUAAUUUAAAAACAAUUUCGUAAAGAAAUGAAACCGUUUGUUAUUGUUUGCAACGUUGGAUCUUGCGCGAUCAACUUCAGUGGAAGCGCAAGAAUUUCGAUUUCCCGGACACGCUUUUGAAAACCUCAUAGAAACGAAGGCGUUGAUGGUCGCAAAAUGACUUCGACCGAAGAUGGCGAUCUGAUCGAUCUUGGGAACGAUGCUUGCGUACCAAGGGUAUCGAUUCAAGAUUCGUCUUCCGACGAACAGGAGCAUCUACUAGACGUGUGUCCACCGAAAUUAGAGGAAACGUUGUCAUUGACCAGGAAGCAGGAACAAGUGCAGAGCAUCAGCGACAACGGUUACGUAUUGGUCACUCUGGGCCACGAUCAAGUGGUACCUAUUCGUAAAAGAAUCGACGUGGUUUCAUCGGACACGAUAAAAAGGGUUCGCGACAUUACCAGGAACUUGGAACCAGUUAUAAGGAAGACCUGUUCCGAUAUUAACGAGGAGCAUCAGGACACGGUCGACCAUGGGAGCGGGUCGACUCGCGAGGACGGUCACCGUUUCUCCGAGAAGCAAGAGGACGAAACGUUCGAAGCGCAGGAAAUCAACGAUGCGUUCAACUUUCUUACGGAACACGACGACAGCGAGGAUCAGAUCGAAACGAACCGUGAUCGUCCUGACGAGCCUACGGAUCCUUAUGGAUCAACGACGGAGGACGAAGAUCUGUUGAAUCGCCGUCGCGCUUUCAGCUGGAAAGACAUGGACUCCAAUAAUUCGGCCUUCGAGUUGCCUUCAAGUUUGAACAAAUCUUGCGAAAACGUUUCAAAAAAGAUAAGAUCAAUUUCCGUCGAUUAUGAAUUGGAAGUGGACAACGAGGUUGCCGGUAAACAACGCCAUGAAGAACAAGCGAACAAAAUAGGAGGAGCUUUUCGACACAUGCAUCGUAAAUCGUGGACGGAAGGCGCAACAUUCAAUAGUUUGCCACAGGAUACGUUUUCUCAAUUCGCCAGAUCUCCCAGUUUGAGAGAAUACAAUCGAGGACCAUCCGCUUCCUCCAAUGGUAUUCAUAGGUCCAGUUUUAGUUUAAGCUGCUCAACGGGAGAGGAUGCGGACACAAAUCCAGAGGACGGAUGUUCAGAGUGUUCGGAAGUAGACUGGUCGUGGCUGGAGGAAGUAGAGUGUCCGCGGCCUACGGAGUCGUUAGCACCCGUUGCGGUUGACGCGGUUCAAGAGAAUCUUGAACGAGGAGGGAGCACAUCCCCCACCAGUGAAAAUGCGAGGCGCAGGCGCGGCUGCGAACAUCGUGCUACCGAUGCGGGUUGCAGUGGCGCGAUGUCCGUCUCUGGGACGGUGAAGUCCCUCCUGGUGGUCGGUGGUUCUCGAUGGUCGACCUCCGAUCCUCUGGCCGAUUCAAACGACAUCGAACAAGAUGAAACAACGCGUUGCAACGCGAGUAACGAAGCCAUCGAUCGCGAAACGCGCGACACCGGUGGUACCCUGGUUAAUUCUUGGGUACGCGCCUCGAUGAGACGUUUACGCCACCUGAGACUACCGGAAGGAACGGACCGGCAACGGAGCAGCGAUUCGAACAAUCACCGUAGCGGUACAGUCGCGUCCGCACCGAACUCUUUGCCGGAUAUCGCUCUGAUCGCUCCAGAGAUUCUCGCGGCACAGACGAACGGUACUUCCGGCACCCUGCUCAGGCCAUCCAGUGCUCCUGUCAGGAACGUUCACGGUUCAAACGCGGUGUCUCCGCGAAGGGGUGGCCGGCAAUUUCGAGGAAGUCGAUCGCAAGCUACCAGAAGCCGCGAAGUUUCUUCGAGACAAAGCAGUGUCCUGUCGACGACCACCGGUAGCGACACGAUCACUUCAGGAACAACGACGUGUUCCAGCUCUUUCGGCGGUGCUUCCACCAGUCCACCUUCCAGCACGGCGACCAGUCCGCAACGCGUCGCUUCUAGACGGAUAUGCGAAAGGCAAAGAGACGUCGACAGAGACGAGGAUAGAGGAGAGGACGAGGACGAGGAUGCGAAUCCAUUGGGAAAAUGGCCACAUGCUCUUAGUCCAGCCUUGGCGUGCCUCAGUUGCACCCUUGGUCUUUUUAAUAUAAGUAGAUUCUCUAUACUUAGUAUACAAUUUGGAGCAAACUUCAUUGUACAGUUUUUAAUAUUGUCCUUGGUAUUGGGCAUUCCACUUCUUACGUUGCACGUCUGUCUCGGGCAAAGAUUAGCGGCUGGAUCCGUGGAUAUGUGGAGAAUUUCGCCACUGUUUCAAGGUGUUGGUAUAGCUCUCUUGAUUGCGCAAGCCUUUAUUGGUAUUUACAGUAUUGUCGGUGUAUCCUGGAUGUUCGUGUACUUUAGAGAUUCGUUCAUAACGAAACAGGACAAGUACCGAUGGGCAGAACCGUUUUCCUUCUACAGAGAAGAGAAGCCUACGCAGAAUAACAGUAAUUUGCAUAAACUGUACGAAACGGUACCGGAUUAUUUUAGCGGAGUCGUUCUGCAAAGGCAUCAGUUAAACGAAUCGGAUACCGGUGUUGUAACGUUAAAAUUUCAAGUGGCGUUUAAUUUAGCCGUCGUGUGGAUGAUCGUGUUUGUAUCGUUAAGUAAAGGGUUGAGAUCAUACGGUAAAGUAGUAUACGUUUUUACGUUAGUACCAGUGUUUGGUACUUUGGUUCUUUGUACAAAACUACUUGGUCUCAUUCCUCCGGGUUCUAUACAUCAACUCUUCCCUGCUACUGUAUGGGCCGAGUUCUUCAUCAAUGGAAAAUCGUGGGUUGCGGCCUCCAUCGAGGUUUUCCUCACUUGGGGAUUACUAGGUGCAGCCGCCAUGCAGAUAGCUGCUCAUAAUAAGCAUAAACAUUUACUACAACGGGACACGAGUCUAGUGAUAGUACUAACCAUCGUAGUUUUACUUCUAGCGGCUUUUCUGGCGAAUACUUGUGUACAAAUUCUCAAGCAUUAUGGAUAUAUUUAUAUACCGAGUUCCUUUGAAAGAAUAUCGUCGUACGUGUUUAUGAGACCCACGAACCAACCAGCUCCCCCAGGUUACGGUACUACACCGGAGAGAUUUAUGACUCAUGCCUCGUUUAUCGUUGGUGAACGCAUAAUCCGGCCAGGAGCGGAUUUUACAGCCGAAUCUGGAUAUCAAGUCUUGAGACUUUCCACCGAAUUAUUUCCCGCGACUUUGGCGUUACUCGGUACAGAGCAAGUGUCGCCUUUUUGGGCAGUUCUCUUCUAUUUUAUCCUUAUUCUGUUUGGAAUAGCUCAACAGCUAGCGAUAUGGCAUUGCGUGAUAACUGGUAUCAUGGCUAUCAACGCAAAAAUGAUGAAGCUGUGGGAAACUACCAUUACGUUCUUCAGCUGUGCUUGCGCUUACAUCUUGGGAUUACCAAUGGCCACAGAGUUGGGAAUACACGUCGUUUAUUAUCUUGAUUAUACGAUUGGUGGGACCUGGUGGAUAAUGAUUUUGUACCUGGUGCAAGUCGGUGCUGUGUUUGCGGUUCGUGGUCGUCCACACAGCGGUGAAGCCGUAGUUGCUGAACUGUUUCCACCCACCGGUCGAUGUCUCAGGCACUGGGCUGGUCCCCUCUUGUCCUUCACGUGGAACGUUGUAUUACCCGUUAUCCUCAUGGUACUUAGUAUCACGGUAUUCAAGAAUGCUGGUUUUCGAGAACUUUAUUCCUAUCGGCGUACAGUCAGAGAAUACUGGGCGAUUUGGGCAAGGCAACUUGGAGCUGCUAUUCAAUUAAUACCGAUCCUAACGAUACCAGCUGUGGCUAUUAUACAGACGUGCCGAUAUUUGAACAAUGGUCCACCCGAUAUAUUUGAUGUAAGGGUCCGAAGAAUUCAGUUGCUGUAUCGACCAUCCUUGGAACCAGAUGAUCCAAGAGACACGCAAACGCAUAUUGGGAAUGAUACGGGUACCAGUAUCCAUGGCAAUGGAAUCGUGCCUACCAGCACGGAAGUACCGUUCGAGGAUCCGCCACCAAAAUAUACACCUCCUCCGAGUUACACGACAGCAACAGGUGCAAGGAUAGCAAAGAUGUUACGUCAAAGUUUUCGAAGAAGCGUGAGACGAAUAGCGAACGUACUUGGCGAGACUAGCGCUCCAAGACAAAGACCAGCCUUGCAACCUCCGCCGCCCGAUUACGCGACUGUCUUGGUGGAAAUGAAUCAAGGCAGACAAACGCAAGACGUGACGAUUCACGUAACCGAAUCGAGAACCGAGAACAAUGCGAAUGCCCGAAACAGUGCUGCAGAGAGACAUCGACCUAAUACCAUCGACAGAACAACGAGGAUCGGUAUGGUCGGAUGUUCGUUGGAGAGAACGCAUUCGACUUUGGAAAGGGUUCGACGACCGUGUACCACUUCAUCGAGCAGUUCGAACUUAACCGCGGUAGAUGUCGCCAAUUUACUUCGUAGUAGCAUUAGAAGAGGGACCACGAGAACCCAACAGUCCUUACGUAGAAGUUUCUGCCACGACGAACCGACGGCAGCAGCGUCCGUCGAGAAUCUAGUCGAGGCUGCGGCGCCGAUCGGCGAAGAAUCCUUGGUCCUUCCAAAGGACGUAUCUCUAGUCUCCACUGAACAGGCUAACGAUAAUAGCGACGAUAAAAAGACUGCCCAAGAAACGGAUGAUUCCGUUUCUGUGAUAUAGACUUAUGCUUUUCUUUUGUUCGAAGUCCGUUUACCGAGAAAACCCAACGAUUGCUUCAUCGUUAUUACAUUAUCGCGUUUCGCUGAUUAAUUUCUCUUUAUCGAUCCGCAUUACCGAUGAUACUCGUCCUUCGAAGAAUUUUCAUUGCUAAUUUUUCUGUUUAGGCUAUCUGUAUUUGUGAAAGCUCUUUACCGCGAAAGAUCGAUAGAUUAUCGAUGACGUAUCAUUCAUCGAUAACCGAGAAUGCUAUUUUAUCUGUUUCUAGACUGAAUUCAGUAUUUUUAAUUCUUGUCAAAGCUGACGAAUUGCAUAAUCUCAUCGUUUUAUUUAUCAGAUGACGCGCAAAUCAAUAUCGCAUGCGAGAAAUACGAAAAAUAUUAUAUGGAGAAACUCGGUUUCGUUAUUCACGACGAAGUGCUUCGAUUAUUUUUGCGUACGUUCGAGAAGUACGAACGCUUAACUUGCUUCGAAUCAACAUAUUUUUAAAUAAUUUCGGUAUCCUUUAUCGAGACUGCAAACGAAAUGUCAGUGUAAUAUGUACAUAUACUGCUAUAGUUUCUUUUUCUAAAUAGUUUUAUUAUAUAUUGAUGUAUAUAGUAUUUUAACGAAUCAUUUUAAGAGAAAUUUGCUUGUUAAAUAUUUUCGUCAUUAAUCGUGAAAAUCGUUUUAUGCUACAACUGUACAGUCCGUCCAAUGUUCUUCAGGGCCGAUAUCUUACUUUUCGACCGACAGGCGGUCGGUCCGACAGAACGAAGAACCGAUACGCGGGUUCAUUUACCAUCGCGAACAACUAAAAUUAUUGACACCGAAGCGAGAAAACUGUGUGUUUUUUAAUCUACAUGUAGUAUAUGAUUAAACGUUGAAUUAUGAUCGAACAACAAAAAAAUGUAAAAACUGCAUUAUUAUUUACAUGACCACGUAGUUAUAUAGCGUCACAAAUAUUCUAAUAACAUUUCAUAAAUGUAACUGCUAUACCUGAUAUUAUGGACCAUAAUAAAGUUUUUAUGUUCUUUUUUAAA